CACGCAUGCGCACAAAUGAACCCGGAAGUGGAGCGGAACAGCCAAGCAGCUCUGACGGUUCUACAGAAAAGAAAGAUGCAGCUUCACUCCGUUAAAGACGGUUUACCGGAUUCUGUCAGCACCGACUUUCAGAACCUAAACAAACUCAACGAGCAGCAAUUUCUUCGUCUGAUUGAAAUUCUGUUCCAGUUCCUGCUGGAGCCUAAAGAGACGGAGAGGUUCAUGCAGCUGCUCGGUGAGUUUGCAGGGGAACAUGGGAUGAGUGCCGGUCCUCUGAAAAACCUCAUGAAGAGCGUCCUCCUGGUGCCACAGGGCGCUUUGAAGAAAAACCUGACAGCUGACCAGAUCAAAGAAGACCUUUUGACAUUAGGACUAAGUGAAGAGAAGGCGGCUCACUUUUCACAGCAGUGGGGGGAGCACUAUGCAGCGCUGUCCAGACUCGCUGUGGGACAGACUCUGAUGGUCAACCAGUUAGUGGACAUGGAGUGGAAGUUUGGAGUGACUGUGGGAACCAGUGAGGUACAGAAAGUGGGCAACAUCUUUCUGCAGCUGAAGCUGGUGGUCAGAAAGGGGAUUUCCACUGAAAACGUCUACAUGGAAUUGACGCUCCCACAGUUUUACAACUUCCUACAUGAAAUGGAGAGAGCCAAGGCCAGCAUGGAGUGUUUCAGCUGAGUGUGCGUGCGUGUGUGUGUGUGUGUGUGUGUGUGUGUGUGUGUGUGUGUGGGGGG